CAAGAAGCGGAGAAUAGGAGCGGUGGUGACAGUGAGGACUGUUUUCCCAAGUCCAAGUGGAUAACCAUGCCGCUCGCCAUUGCCGUCCCCUCGGCGGCGGCGCUCCGGCGGCCAUAUCACUUCCGCUUUCUCCACCCUCCCAGAAAGCUUAGCCUAUCGAGAACACGCUGCGCCCCUUCGCCCCCGGCAGAGGCGCAGCCAGUGCCUCCGCAACCCCGGCGAUACCCGAGGCAGUACCCAGGCGAGGCGGUGGGCGUUGCCGAGGAGAUGCGGUUCGUCGCCAUGCGCCUCCGCAACACUAAGCGCACUACUCGUAAGGGCAAUAAUAGGGCUGACGGAUCCGGGGAGGACGAUGAAUCGAGGGAGGAUGAGGUGGAGGACAACGACGACAUGGACGAGGAGGGAAACGACGAAGUGAAGGAGGAGGAGGAGGAGGAGGAGGAGGAGGACAACCAUGAAGUGGAGGAGUGGAUGCCCAGCAUGGAAGGGUUCGUGGGCUACCUUGUGGAUAGCAAGCUUGUCUUCGACACCGUUGAGCGGAUCAUAGCCGGGUCUACGGACGUCGCCUAUGUUUACUUCAGGAAAAGUGGUUUGGAACGUUCGGCUAGCAUUGAAAAAGAUUUGGAGUGGUUCAGAGAACAAGCAAUUGAAAUUCCAGAGCCAAGUACUUUUGGAUCAACAUAUGCAGCUUAUCUGUCUGAAUUGGCUGGGAGCAGUGCCCCGGCCUUCCUUUCCCAUUAUUACAAUCUUUAUUUUUCUCAUACAACUGGAGGGUUGGCGAUUGGUAAAAAGACGUGCGACAAAAUUUUGGAUGGGAGAUUGCUGGAGUUCUACAAAUGGGAUUCUGACCCAGAAAUUUUACUAAAAGAUGCUAGGGAGAAGCUUAAUGAGCUUAGCAAGCACUGGUCUCGGAAGGACAGGAACUUGUGCUUGAAAGAAGCCGCAAAAUGCUUCCAGUACAUGGGGCGGAUCGUGCGGUUAAUCGUUUCAUAGACAAACGACCAAUCUCUCUACAGGCUUCACUUGAUUUGAACCUGAAGACGGGAAAAGCUAGAGGCUUAGUGUAGUUUCAUCUUUAGAGAUAAUGUUUUCUAGAGGCGGCUCGGCCCAUAGAUGUCUUUUCCUGUUAGAGAUGGAGCUGAUCGACUUGUGCUUCGCGACUCCUGCUCGCCUAUUCUUGGUGCCACGGGUGCAUCUCCGCGCCUUCUUCAUCUACUGGCAGGUGCUUCCUUGGGCAGUAGACGGCCUACUUCCUGCCUGACUUCUGAUAAUGUAGGGGGUACUUGAGGAAAACGAACUCAGUAACUUGUGAUAAUGAUGGUGGUGAUUUUGAUGGUAAAUGCUGGAAAUCUUCUAGUA